ACUUUUUGUUGGUUUGGUCUCCGCAUCUUCUUUCCGAAAGUUUGAUCACAGUUUAAUGAGAAUUCCUUCACACAGAGGACACAAGGAAGCAGGAAACAAAGGAAGAAAAGAAAAAAGCGUGAUGCAGAGGGGAGGAGUGUGGAGGUGUGUGCUGUGUGUUUGGAGGAGGGACUCCUUCAGUUAGAGAAGUGAGGCGUCACAAGUUCCUGGUUUCCAGUGAAGAAGAAGAGAGGCAGCAGUAAACCAUCAGAGCCUCAUCAUGAAAGUCCAUCACACUCUGAUCUGCUUCUUCUUCCUUUCUCUGCAGGAUGGAAACCCUGAAGUCACCAAUGCUCAGAUUCUUUCCUACGGAGUCAUUGGAGGAAAUGUUACAGUUCCUCUUGUUUUUCAAUCAUCAGGAACAUGGAAGAUGUUCUGCAGAGAAGAUUGUGAAGGAGAAAACAUUCUCAUUAAAACAACUGAUGUCAGAGCUCAAACAGGCAGAUACAGCAUUGAAUAUAAAAGAGAAUCAACAGUUUAUGUUUUAUCUGUGAGCAUCUCAAAGCUGACUGAGUCUGACUCUGGACAGUACAGCUGUGGUUUGGGUGGAUCUUCAUCAUCAGCUUCAUACGAACGGUUUGGAGUCUUUGUUGCUGAAGCACUGCUGGAUGGAAACGAUGAUCCUGCUCAGAUGAAACACUUCAAUAAAGAAACUGGAAGCUCUCUCACAGUCGGAUGUUCCUUUAAACAACCUGGAAACAGAAAGAUGUUCUGCAGAGGAGAAUGUGGAGGAGAGAACAUUCUUGUUGAAACCCGUAAAGUCAAAGCUCAGAGAGACAGAUACAACAUUAGAUAUGGUUCAGGAGUUCUGUAUGUGAGCAUCACACAGCUGACCAAGUCUGACUCAGGACGGUACACAUGUUACCUGAGUGGUUCAUCCAGAGAGUUUGAGGUCACUGUCACAGACUCGGUCGUCUCAACAACAGCACAAAGUUUCACCUCCAUUUCCAGAAGCUUCACACCUUCACCAGCUUCCACUGGAACCACAGAGCAGUCUGGACAGAGUCAGUCUGAGAGAACAUCUACAGGUGGUGUCAGCGGGACACAAACGUCUUCUCAAACUGCUGCAGAUGUUCUCCUGUCUGUGGGCCUGACUCUGGCUGUCACCAUCAUCAUCAUUUCAGUGGCUGUGCUGAUUUCCUGCAAGAAAAGAUCUUCUAAAGUAAAGGACCCUUUUGUUGAAAUAUUACAUACUGCGAUCACAGAUGAUGAAGACAACUCCAGGACUGUGAUGAAUGUUUCCGACAAGGCCUUCGGCUUUCUAAACAGCGCCCCCUAUAGUCACACCAAUGAAGUCAUCUACUCUGUACCUCGGGUACAUGUGAGCUCCGAUAGCAGAGAAGUCAUAAUAAUCAGAUCUCACCGUGUUGGUGUUCGUACAACAUAUUAACUUAACUUACUGUGAAGUCGUAGCUUUAACCAUGCAUACAACUCUAUUUAAAGAAAUAAAUAGAAAGUCUCUGUCAAGUGUUCUGUCUGUGAGGUGCCCACACUUGAAAAAGACCAGACUUUGAAUUUCACUCAAUUUUUGACCAGUUUCAGGUUCAUUCAGUCAGUCAGGUAGUUAGCUAGUUAGAUAGUGCUUUGUUUGCUGUCCUCUCAGUAUGUCGCACUCAGGUCAAAUGACUGCUGCAUGCAUUUUAAGGUCUACUAGGCACGCCAGCCCUUGAUUGCUCUAAUUCAGCUCACCUGGCGGAGCGGCGCGCACCAGGCCGCGCUUAGUUGUAGAUUGCACACAAGGUCUAAUUAGCGGCCACGCGCAAGCAGCAGCACAGAGCAGGUAGUGGGCAGGAGGAGGAAGAGAAGAGUAACAGCCACACCUACUAGGUCAGCGCGACAGUCUCCUCUCCUUCCAUUCACAGUAGAAAUUACAGCCUUAAUCCCAACAAUGACUGGACAUUAUUAUUAUUCUAUUAGUGCUUUUUACUCCUGAUCUGAACAUCGUGGCUCCAUCAUGUAGUGGGUUACACAUUUGGCUUGCAGGUGAUUCCAGGCAGAUAAAUCUCAGGAAGGGCAACUGGUGGAAAAAAAAAAAGUAGCUUCAGUCAGCGGCAUGAAUAGAACAGUUUAUGUACCUGAGCAGGUAACAGACGCAAAGGCUGAUGGUGAGGAAGCGUUAUAAGGAUGUGAUGUUUCUGAAAGAUGUACUCCUUCAGAGGAGAACUCUUUUCUCUUUUUUCCAGGAAGCCCACUAUGAGAACUGGACUCCAACUUGUGCAAUGUAAAGACUCAACCUACCAGAACAUGGAUCCAAUCAGCAGAGACUUGGACCAAACCUGCUCUGCACUCACAUCACAGGAGACUCUCUGGAUUUGAUCAUUUUCCAGCCUCAGGCUGAAGUUUGUUCACAGAUGCUGAAAACUGAGAAUCGAUAAACUACAUAAUCCUUUCAAAAUUACGAACACUGAAUUGCGUAAUUUCUAUCAUAAUGAAUUUGCUUCUUUAUGUAAAUUUAAUAAUGAUCAAAACCAAUCACAGCACAGA